GAGAGGACAAGUGGGUGGGUGACGACAGCGUGCACAUCGUCAGCUGGACGACCCCCACCGGUUGCGAACUUGGAGCGGCCAACUCAGCCCGGUCGACUCCGUUUCCACAUCCAACCCCCCUAAAACACAGAACCCAAAGAGAUGAUAUCGUGCGCUUUUCGCGUUUGCUUUUUUGUUUGUGGUUUGAUUGGAUUUCUUGUCAACUUCAACCAAAGGAGUCUCGUUUGAGCUGUUCAAAAGUAGCAGCUAAAGGAGAGAACUUCACCUCCGGAAAGAUGUCAACGCCGCACCCCAACCACAGCCACCUCUCGGCGGGCACUAUCAGCGAAGCGGACCCAUCGGAGGCGGAGGGGCGCAUCCGGCUGCUGCUCUUGGCUUUGUGCGUAACCAUCGCCGCCGCCACCUUCAUCGGCGGGGUUUACUCGCUCCUGUCCCUCCUGCAGAUGAGAAGGAAGACGUCUCUGAGUCUCAUCGUGGCGUCCAUGUCAGUGGACGACCUGCUCAGCGUGGUGCCGCUCUCCCUCUUCAUCCUCCUGCAAUGGGAGCGGGACGGUGGCUCCGCCAGCCUCUGCACUCUAGCCGGGCUCCUUUACGUCUUCCAAGGGGUCUCCAGCAACAUGAAGGCCUGCCUUAUAGCUGGUUAUACUUUUUACGUGACCAAGAGGUUCGGGGUGCUGCGCUCGGUCCGCCGCCCCCUCGGGGUGAUGUGGGCCAUCGCCGGGGUGUGGGCGGUCAGCCUGGCCGUCAGCGUGUUGCCUCUGUGCGGUUGGGGCAGCUUCGCGCAGGCUCCUCUGGGCUGCUUCCCGGAAAGUGACAGCUUUUACAUCCUGCUGCUCUUCCUCUUGUAUUCUUUGUGUUUUUGCGCUUUGCUGUUCUUCUUCCUGCCCCUCACCUACCAGCUCCUGUGCUCCAGGGAGCCCCAGAGGAGCGUGCAGUGUGCUGGCUACCUGGGGGUCAUCCGCUCGCUCUCCCGGGACAGCCUGGACAAAAGUUUUGGCGCCUACAACGAGCUGAGUCCGAGUUCGUGCGGGGCGACCUGCGAACUCCGAGAAGGGAAGGAGGGAGUUGCCAGAUGCCCUGGGUCCGUCUGUGGCCAGAUGUCGGCGGCCGUGGGAGACACCCCUGUGGUGUUUGCCCAAAAACGCUUCUCCAUGAUCCUGGCGGUUGUCAGGGUUACUUUGUGGAUGCCAAUGAUGACCUUGGUGCUGGUGCGCCACGCAGCCAAUGCACGCAGCUCCUCCCUGGAGACACUCAGUUUCUUCCUCACGUUGCUGGCCCCUGCGGUCACGCCGCUCUUUGCGCUGUCUAAGCGCUGGAUCCACAUGCCGUGUGGCUGCUUCAUUAACUGCAACCGUGACCCAAAGCAAGAUGCCUCCGGCUUGAAAAGAAGCUUUGAGUUCAACCUUUCCCUCCACAAAGGUUGCAGAGUGUUCAAGUUAUCCCACGUCCCCGUCUCUCCCACCACACUGGCCGAGAAGCCGUCCUAUCACAGCCUCUUCAACAACGACUUUCCCAACGCACGUCCGGAUGCACUUGAAAGCGGCGGGCUGUGCAGUUUGGGGCCUAAUUUGAGUUUCAGCACCACGCUGCCUGUGGACAGCUCCUCCCAUGCAGACCUCUUGCUGGAGGCUGUUGCUGGUGGGGAAGAGACGCUGGCUGAUUGUACUCCACUGGCCCGUAACCACCACGGAGAUGAGGAAAGUUUCCACGACCUCCCCUCCUCGCCACUUAAUCACCGGGAACAAGACCACCAUCUUACAGACACCUCGUCUGUGUUCGAAGCAUCCGAGAGGAGGCUGUCGCACGAAGAAUGCCGGAAAAUUGAGCUGACAGAUUGGGAAUGGUGCAGGAGUAAAUCAGAGCGAACACCCAGACAGAGGUCAUCCGCCGGUCUGUCCAUCCCGCUGUGUGCCUUCCAAGGAACAGUAUCUCUGCAAGCCCCCACAGGGAAGACUCUCUCUCUGUCUACCUACGAGGUCAGCAGUGAUGGACUUAAAAUAUCUCCCAACAAUGCCAAGAAGGUGGAGGUGUACCGCUCCAAAUCAGUAGGCCAUGAGCCCAGUGCAGAUGACAAAGCAUCAGAAGGCCAAGCAGGCGAUGUGAACAUCAGCGGCAUCAACAUGGGACUGGACAUCGGAAUGGGCAUCGGAGCCGGCGUGGGUGACACAAAUGUCAAGAUCCACCUGGAGGUGCUGGAGAUCUGCGACAACGAGGAGGCCAUGGACAGCGUCUCCAUCAUCUCCAACAUCAGCCAGUCCUCCACCCACGCCCGCUCGCCCUCGCUGCGUUACUCGCGCCGUGAAAACCGCUUUGUCUCCUGCGACCUGGGGGAGACGGCAUCCUACUCUCUGCUCAUCCCAACCACCGGCAACCCAGAGGUUGAGGCCAUCAACAUCACGAUCCCUGACACUGUGGAGGCGCAUCGGCAGAACACUCGUAGACAGACGCAGGGAAGCUCGGGAUAUCGUGAGGAAAUACAGCUGCUCAAUGAGGCCUACAGGAAACAAGCUGAGAACACGGAAUGAAACCUGCUAAACAUUCAUGAAUGACCCUGAAGUAGAAAGACACUUCGUACAGCAAUGGACUCCAACAUGGCGCACACUUUUCUCUUAGUUAGUAGACUGGGAACUAAAAGGAACAGUAUUUCACAAACCCAGGGACAGCAGCAUAGAAAGAAAUCUUGGAUAGACUUUAAAGCAGGGGUGUCCACACUGCACUGAGGGGGCCAUUUGCAGCCUAUCCUUACAUUGUUAUUGUCCCACAGCACAUUAUAUAAGUAUUAAAAUAAGUAUAUUUAAGAAAAUGCAAAAUCUGCAGUAAUUUUACAAAAAAAGUCAAAAUAUUAUGGGAAGAAAAAAGAAAAAAAAUCACAAUUUUUCCAGAAUAAACUAGUAAUAUUAUAAGGAAAAUAAUUUUUGUUGCAUAAAGAUGAAAUAUUAAAGAAUUAAAUUUUUAAAGUCAUUAUAUUGUGAGAAACAAAACAACAAGUUGCAAUUUUUGAUUAUGUUGGGAGGGAAAUCCUGAUGUUAUGAGAAUAAAGUCAAAAUAUGAUGGGUAUAAAGAAAAAUUAAUAGAAAAAAGUUGAAAUAGACAACAGAAAUGACAAAAAAAUAUUUUUACAAUGAUAAACUCGAAUUCCAACUAAUUUAGUUUGUCUAUUUUGUAAGGUGUAUUAUGAUUUGUAUUAUAUGAUUAUGAUUAUUAUAUGUAUUAUGGGCGGCACGGCGGUCUAGUGGUUAGCGCACAGACCUCACAGCUAGGAGACCAGGGCUCAAUUCCACCCUCGGCCAUCUCUGUGUGGAGUUUGCAUGUUCUCUCCGUGCAUGUGUGGGUUUUCUCCGGGUACUCCGGUUUCCUCCCACAUUCCCAAAAACAUGCUAGGUUAAUUGGCCACUCCAAAUUGUCCAUAGGUAUGAAUGUGAGUGUGAAUGGUUGUUUGUCUAUAUGUGCCCUGUGAUUGGCUGGCGACCAGUCCAGGGUGUACCCCACCUCUCGCCCGAAGACAGCUGGGAUAGGCUCCAGCACCCCCCGCGACCCUCGUGAGGAAAAAGCGGUAGAAAAUGAAUGAAUGAAUGAAUAUGUAUUAUGAAACAAACUUAGAUAAUAGAGUCGUUAUUCUUGAAAAAUUAGGUUGGGGAAGGGUCAUAAUAGUACAGGAAUUAAAUCAAAAUAUUCUGAAGAGAAAAUAAUUUAAAUAUUUGGAAAAUGCAAGAAAAAGGCAACAGUGAAAAUAGGGAAAAAAUACAUUCUGUAACCUGUAUGGCAAAGCUGAGAUGCAGUUCUUCCAUGAAAUAUUUCUAAGUUCUUAUAGUAUAUCUACAUGUGUUGCUGUACAAAAUAUCAUUUUUCACUAUGGGGCCCUUGCUGGAAAAUGUUUGGACAGCCAUGCUUUAGAGUAGUCAGUGUACAGCUUGUGUAGCAGUAUAGUCUUACCAUCCACUGCAAAGGAGUCAGCACACAUCCAUUAUUGUCUAAAUAUCUGUACAGUACGGACUGUACAGCUUUGAGUUUUAGAGAAGGAAACAAGGUUUCAGUGUUUGUAUUUUAGCCGGACGUUCACCUUCUCGCAGCCUGUCACCCCCCAAGCGGAUGCGGCCAGAGAUAAAUUCAUAACGACACGGUUAAGGGUGAAGAUGUGGUCACAUGUCUGACGUCAUCCAUACCGAUCUGCGAUGGGAGGGAUCAGCUGACCCGUGUGACUCAUCCCUGUGUGCAGUUUUUUUGUGUGUGUGUGUGUGUGUCUUUGUUCCAAAAUUCGCCAUGGAGGAUGGAGACUGUAAUGAUCGUAAUGGUUUGUGAUGCUGCCGCCGUCACGAGCUUUCAUACAGCAUUUUCUUUGAUGUAAUGCAGCCACUCUGGUGAUUUGUUUUAAUUACACCAUGUUUCUCUUUGCGCCUGCUCUACAUCCAUUAUGUAUUACACGGUCAGUGUUGCUGCUAUCAAAAGAGAGAGAGAGACUCAAAUGGUGACGAGCCAUUCUGGAAUUGAAGACGAGGAUGAGGGGACUUGCUGUAUGGAGAUGGGCAUUCACAGUGUGGGCAGCACAUGAAUGUUCUUUCCGAUCGCAGGACUAAUUUAGGGCUCACUGCAUUCACUUCCUGUCCAAUCAGUGAGCCACCGGUGGCCACAUGCAUACGUGCAUAAAUCCACAAGUGGGAUUAUGGAGGUCACGUUGUGUAUUUUAUCACCAGUUUGGAUCUACAGCUAUCACAGGGGUGUCCAAAGUGCAGCCCGGGGGCCAAUCGGGGCACACUGCCAUUUUUUUACUGGCCCGCAGCACAUUUUAAAAAGAUAAUUUAACAAGAAAACCACAUCAGCAGCUAAAAUGGAAAAAAUCUUCAGUCAUUUCCAAAUAUAACGAAAAAAGUUGUAAUCAAAAAAGAAAAAAAAAUAUUUUUACUACAAUAACUAAUACUAUGAGAAAAAAGAAUGGUGCAUGAAGUUGAAAUACAAAAGAAAAAAUUGUUGUAAAAACCAACAAAAUAAAGUAGUAAUUUUUGGAAAAUUCGAAAAAAGGAAAAUUUGGAAAACGUAAAAAAAAAAAUAAAGAAGUUGUCCUCUAACAAGAAAAAAGUAGCAAUUUUAUGAGUAAAAGUAAUGUCAUUUUAGCACCAAACAGGUGAAACAUUAAAGAAAAAAUAUGAUAUUUAAAAAGUCAUAAAAUUGCAAAAUGUUGGAAAAUCUUUUUUAUUUGAGAAUAAAGACAAAAUCUAAUGAGAAAAAGUUUUUAACAUGAAUGAUGCAAAUUUAUGAGGGAAAAUUACAUCAUUUUGAAACAAGUGAAAUAUUAUAGAAAAAAUAUAUAUUUCAAAAAAUAUGAAUAAAAUAGGGGCGGCACGGUGGACUAGGGGUUAGCGCGCAGACCUCACAGCUAGGAGACCAGGGUUCAAUCCCACCCUCGGGCAUCUCUGUGUGGAGUUUGCAUGUUCUCCCCGUGCAUGCGUGGGUUUUCUCCGGGUACUCCGGUUUCCUCCCACAUUCCAAAAACAUGCUAGGUUAAUUGGCCACUCCAAAUGUGUGAGUGUGAAUGGUUGUUUGUCUAUGUGUGCCCUGUGAUUGGCUGGCGACCAGUCCAGGGUGUACCCCGCCUCUCGCCCGAAGACAGCUGGGAUAGGCUCCAGCACCCCCGCGACCCUCGUGAGGAAAAAGCGGUAGAAAAUGAAUGAAUGAAUGAAAAAAUAUAAAAAAUCUUAAUAUGUAGGGGGAAAUUAUAAUAAUGAUGUGUUCAUUUCGUAACAUUAGGUUUGGAAAAAAAUACAAUAUUCCAAAUAUUCUGGGAAUAAAGUCAUGCUAUUAUGACAAAAAACUUGAGAAACAAAGCACAAAGACCAAACAGCUGGCUUUUUGACCUGUAGUUGUUAAUAAUACAAUAUAUAACUUCUUAGCAUAUUUACAUGUGUUGCUUUCCAACAUAUCAAAGUGGCAAAGUUGCAUCCUUUCGUUUUUCACUAUGUGGCCCUCCUCUCUCUGGAAGAACAUUUGGACACCCCUGGUCUAUCAGAACCAAGUCUGCCUUCACUCUCCUUGAUAAUGAAAUAUCUUUCAAUAUUUGUGUGUGUGUGUGUGUGUGUGUGUGCAACAAACUACCGUACAGUUAUUCCCAACCCAUUUUAAAAUGUCGUUAUGGUUUGGAUUGUGUCUUUUAUGCGUGUGCAGUUUGAGCAGCUGCUCUUAGAUACAUCAUUUGUAAAGACAUCAUUUGCAGGCGUCUGAAUUCUUCUUUCGCGAGCACACUUCCAUCAACUGUGACGUGUUCCAUCCCCCUGAAGAAUGCUAUCGUUAAAGAUUCAUUAGAGGAAACAGCCUCCGACUAAACUGCGGGACAUUUCUAUUCCUAAGGCCAGAGGACAAAACACACCAAGCUUACGGUAUAGAAGCUCAGCUCCCGUAAUGAAUGUAAAGUUGACUUCAAUGCCCUGCUGUCCAAGUGACCACAAACCAUUUCAGCUCUUAAUGGUGCCAAAGGUUCUGAGUGGCGCGUUCAGGCGGCUUCAUCUCUCCACAAUGCAGCUGAGUGGAAGUCAGUCAAUUAUCAACUCGCUCUCACUUUUCAACGGGAUUCAUCUUUGCGUCAAUUUGUGCUUUGUCGAUCAAUAAACUCAUUUUACUUGUUGGAUUUGCACAUCAGGUGUUUAUUCAUUCUUGUCAGCCAUCUGGGUACAAAUGGGAUUCCUUAUCGGAGUGACUAAAGUGCAAAAAAACAUCUACUUGGGCUUUCAUUAUACUUGUGCUGACAGGAGAACAGUGUGGUGAUUAUUUCACAGUGGAUUUCAGACGCUCUCAUUUUAGCGGCGGAGUUUCUGCUUCUUUCAUGCAGGGGUGUCCAAAAUUGAAUCUCAUCUUUGGGAUACAGGUGAUGAAGCAUAUUAUAGAGUAUGAAAUAUUCUCAAUAUCUUCUUACCGUAAAUUCUGGUGUA